UUCUUUUAAAGUAACUGUUUGUUUUGCUCUUUUUGGGUUUUAUUCACCGCAAAUUUUUGGACAGAAGGUAUCAAAAAGGAGAGGCUUGAAUGUUUGUCCCCUCAAAGCACCGAAAAUCAUGUACCCUUAUUGUGCUUCUGACUCAUGUAAGGUUUGUUUGUGUGGGGGGGGGGUGAUUAAGAAUUAAUGUUUAAGUAUGCAAUGGGUGAAAUAAUGGCUCAAUUCUUAUGUAAAAAAAAUUGUAAAAAUUGUAAAUCUAUAAUGGUCAAGAGUAAAGAAAUUAAAAACUUGUCUCUCACCUGUUCGGCAUCUUACAUUCAUAAUUGUGAUAAUUGAUGUUUUAAGCCUUAUUUGUACACAUGUGUAACAUUAAAGCCCAAUUUCAGUUAGGGAGGGGCACACCGUCAUUCAUUUGGGGCAUGGCAAUAAUUUCUCAAAUCUCCUUCACAUCAAUUUUAUUUAAAAACAAAACUCGAUGUUCAAUUUCAGAUAAAUAAUGGUAAAUAGUAUAAUUAUCUUGUAAGUCAAGAAUAACCCCUGUUGAAAAGCUAAAAUGUGUGCGGAUGGCUUGAACCUCGAGAAACCGGUUUCCUGAACCUACUUUGCGCAAACUCUAGUUCUAGUAGUGUAGUUUCAUUAUCAAUACUAUACUCCGGACUGGAGAGUUGAAGAGUACCUAGUUUACACCAGACCUGGAGAAGAUAAACAGUGCCUUAUUUAAUACCACUGGAGUGCCUUGAUACUUGUUAAAUAUGUGUUUUGAUAUUGGUGUAGUUGUCUGCGGACCUAAUGAAGCUCUCGUCAUCUCUGGAAUGUUUCAGGGAAAUAAACCCUCUUACAUUACUGGUGGACGAGCUAUAGUUUGUCCUUGUAUACAGACUGUACAAAGGAUAACUCUGAAUACAAUGACCCUAUCUAUCCUGACGGAGAGAGUAUACACUAGUCUAGGAGUACCAAUCAGUGUCAUUGGAACUGCUCAGGUUAAAAUUAAUGGAUCUAGCAGUGAUAUGUUGGAGUCAGCAGCUGAACAGUUUGGAGGAAAAACAGAAAUAGAAAUUAAAGAAAUUUGUUUGGCCACCCUGGAGGGUCAUCAAAGAGCUAUCAUGGGAAAUAUGUCAGUUGAAGAAAUUUACAGAGAUAGGAAAACUUUCUCAGAAAAGGUCUUCGAGGUUGCUUCUCAGGACCUGUAUAAUAUGGGAAUAAUGGUGAUCUCCUAUACCUUGAAGGACGUCAAGGACGAUGUUGGAUAUUUGGCUAGUCUGGGUCAGGCUAGAACUGCACAGGUCAAGAGGGACGCUCUUAUAGGUGAGGCUGAGGCUAGAAAGGAUUCAACUAUAGCUGAGGCUAGAGCUGAAGAGCAGAGGAUGGAGGCUAAACUGAAGAACGAUACAGAGAUUGCUCGUGCCAAGAGAGAUUAUGAACUCAAGAAAGCUGUUUAUGACACAGAGGUAAACACAGCGAAGGCUGAGGCUGAGAUGGCGUAUAGUCUGCAGGCAGCCAAGGUCCAGUGCAGGAUUAAGGAAGAGGAGAUGCAGGUCAAGGUAGUCGAGAGACAACAGAAUAUUGCUAUUCAGGAGCAAGAGAUUCUCAGGAAAGAGAAAGAGUUGGACAGCAAAGUAAGAAAACCCGCCGAGGCGGAGAAAUAUCGUCUGGAGAGGAUCGCCGAGGCGGAUAAACAGAAAAUUGUUCUGGAGGCGGAGGCGGAAGCCGAGGCGAAAGCACUUAAGGGAGAAGCUGAGGCGUAUGCUAUUGAAGUGAAAGCUAAGGCGGAGGCGGAGCAGAUGGCAAAGAAGGCGGAUGCCUGGAAGGAGUACAAAGAAGCUGCUCUUGUAGAUAUGAUGUUGCAGAUGAUGCCAAAGAUUGCUGCUGAAGUGAGCGGACCUAUAUCUCAGACGAACAAGAUAACAAUGGUCUCCAACGGAGAUGGUCCUGUCGGAGCAAGCAGAAUUACACAAGAGGUUCUAGAUAUCAUGGGUUCACUUCCUGAUACAGUGGAAAAGAUGACCGGAGUCAAUAUUACGGAGAAGCUGGCCAGAACCGUUAAUCGCCGAUAAUGUUGGCGGACCUUCAAACCGCCUGUAGUAUUGAUGGCCCUUCAACCCCCCUGUAAUAUUGGCGAUCCUUUAAUUGACUAAAAUGCAGCCUUUAAAAUCCAAUUCAAUAUUGGCGGUAUUACUUUUGCUAAACUGGUUAAUUUACAAAACGACUACAGUAAUAUAAACCUUUCAAAUCAACUUUACGACAUUAGCGGGCAUUCGUCCUCGUUUGAAAUUUGAAACAAAAAUAUUUUUGGCUCCAGCAGUUCUUUAUGAUGGGGUAAAGAUGGAAAACCUGAGUAUCUUCUUACAGGUUUAGAAAUACAGGUUUUAAAUACUCCAAAAUCAACAAGAUACAGUUUAGUACAAAAGCAAACUGUUUUCUUCUCAAUAUUUAUGUACUGUGUGCUAUGUACAUUGUACUCUUAAUGUUUAUAUUUAUGUUUAAAGUACUUCUUUUAUGACCCUCACUAACAAAUGUUUAUGUUUGGGAACAAAUGAUAUUUCUGCUCUUAUACUUUUUUGGAUUGAUGAAUGUUCAAACACCAAACCUGAAUUUAACUUUUUAUUUCGAGAUUUAUUCUUAAUAGAUGACGGAACUAAUGAUAAAUUUGGCGCACAAGCUAUAGAGGAAACGGACCUAAGUGUUUUCUUGACCUACGAAUUUGUUAGACCUUAGAAAUUAAGUUGAGUUUAGAGAGAGUUAUGUUGGGAUGGCAUUUUUUUAAGCCCUAAAUAUGCUCUGGCCUUAGAUCAGAAACUUCUUAGGUCGGUUUCCAUAGCAUUUAUAAUUUGAUAUGUAGUGUAACACAAUUUGCUUGAACGAAUCUAAUGUGUGAUAUUGUUAAAUUGGUAUAUAUUUCAAGCCUAACGAAACUUACCUUUGUCAAAUAUUAGUAUGAGUGCCUUGAAUGAAACACAUAACUGGUUAAACUGAAACUAACUUUUACUCGUAAUCUUUUUCACGCAAAAAAAAA